CUUUUGCAGGCUACAUGUGGCACCUGGUCAUUCAAAUGGUCAAUUUUAGGGGCAGAAGUGCCCAAACCAUGAGUUCUCAAAACUCUCUGAAAAAUGGCUCCCAGCAAGUUAAGCAAUUCUGAAAGGCAUUCUCCUGGAAAAGUCUGUGGAGGAGCAAAGGAUGUCCCUGGAAAAAAUGUGGUCAUAUAUAAAGAUGGAAAGUCUUGAAAAAUGCAGACUCUCGGUGGAAACGAAGCGCUGGCUACAAAGUCUCUUAUGGCAGAUUAUCAUCAUAUAAGAACUGCCUGGGUACCGGAAAAGAUGACUGACUGAGAGCCUGGGGCAGGAAGCCAUUCCAUGAUCCUUUUCAAAUCUGGAGAGGUCUGUCGGGGGCGGCCAUUGGCAGAGGAACGUCACGUGACGGAAGGGGGGGCGCCAAUGUUCGGCUUCAAGGGUGUCAAGACCCUGUCAGUGUGUGAAAUAAAUACUGGGAUACAACGAAAUGCAAAAAACGACCUACUACGACACUUCGGCGAUCUACGGCGGCUACCCCUACCAAGGAGCAAACGGUUUCACUUAUAAUGCGGGUCAUCAGCAAUAUCCUCCGUCUUCGGCGCUGGUGGAAAGCGAGUACCAUCGCCCGGCCUGCUCCCUGCAGUCCCCUGGCAGCGCUGUGGCCCACCACAAGGCCAAUGACAUCAACGACAGUUGCAUGAGAACCAUUGGGGGCCAGGGGGGCCAGGCUCAGGGCCUCCCGGAAUCACAACAGCCCCCACCACAGCCUCUGCAGCAGCCGGCUCCGCCACCACCGUCCCAACAGCCCCAGCAGCCGUCUCAGCCCCCUGGUCCUCCGGCUCCAUCAUCCUCACAGCCCCCUCCCUCUGGGUCACCACCUCAAAAUGCCAGCAGCAACCCAGCCCCUACCAAGAGUCCCAUGCUCAAUUCGCCUACUAUGUCCAAACAGAUCUUUCCCUGGAUGAAAGAGUCUCGUCAAAACACAAAGCAGAAAAACAGCAGCUCCAGUUCAGGUGAGAGUUGCUCUGGCGAUAAAAGCCCCCCCGGGCAGGCAUCUUCCAAGAGGGCUCGAACAGCUUACACAAGCGCCCAGCUGGUGGAGCUGGAGAAGGAAUUCCACUUCAAUAGGUAUCUGUGUAGGCCCAGGAGGGUCGAGAUGGCCAACUUGCUCAACCUUACUGAGAGACAGAUCAAAAUCUGGUUUCAGAACCGCAGGAUGAAAUAUAAAAAGGAUCAGAAGGGCAAGGGUAUGAUGACAUCCUCCGGUGGGCAGUCCCCCAGCCGAAGCCCGGUUCCUCCUGGUGCUGGGGGGUACCUAAACUCUAUGCAUUCUCUGGUCAACAGUGUUCCCUACGAGCCCCAGUCGCCCCCGUCCUUUAGCAAGCCUCAUCAGAACACCUAUGGCCUCCCCAACUCCUACCCAGCUGCCCUUAACAGCUGCCCACCUCCUCAGAAGCGAUACUCGGGGACUGCCUCGGUCGCUCCAGAUUACGACCCUCACCCCCUCCAAGGCAACAGUAGUUAUGGGACUCCACACUUACAGGGAAGCCCCGUCUUCGUGGGGGGCAACUAUGUGGAGCCCAUGAGUAAUUCCGGGUCUUCCAUCUUUGGUCUGACUCAUCUCCCUCAUCCGGUCUCAGCCAACAUGGACUAUGGGGGGGCCGGGCCCAUAGCUAACAACCAUCAUCAUGGACCUUGUGAGCCCCACCCCACCUACACAGACCUUACAGCUCACCAUCCUUCUCAGGGAAGAAUUCAGGAGGCGCCCAAAUUGACCCAUCUGUGAUGGACCUCGGGGUUGAGUGGACACAAAGUCAACCCACUUCUGUCUUUUUAGUUCUGUUGUGAUUUUUUUUUGCUUUCUUUAAAAAAAUUGAUCCUUCCCUGUCUCUCCUCUCUUCUCUCUCCCUUCCCCCAUCCCCUCUUUUGUUUUCUUGGGUAAAGCCUUUUUAUAGUUUAUAUGACGUAGCAAUAUUCGUUGCUUGAAUGGCUCUAGAGUUUCCAUGGUGAUAUUUAUCUGCCCCCAACUCGAGUCCUCUGGCUCUCCUUGGCUGGGGGGGGGGGAAGGGGAGGCGAGAGGAAGGGCCUUCCUUCCUUCACCUUCUUUACUCUUUUAUCAGAAACAGGGUAUAUGAACAAAUUUUCUAGCCGAGUUCUUCAAUGUGAAUUUGUUCGUACAUUAUGGCUCCCGAGGGGAAGCGAUUAAGUUGUGUUUUAUUAUUAUUAAUUAUUAUUUUUAGUUGUUUUUUUUAUUGCACUUCUUUUAAAGAGCGAGAAAGGAUAUCAAAGGGCGCUUUGAAACAGGGUCUCCCUGGACAAUAAUGAAUCUGUGUCCGUCUCUCAAUGUGUGUAUGCUGGUGAACAGUCAGAUUUAUUUAUAUUUUUUGCAAACAUUGAGUAAUCUAAGUGUUUAAAUAUUAUUUAUCCCCAUCCGUUCAUAUUUAUAUUAAAAAAUCCCCCUGCUCCCCAAAUCUAUACCCUGAUUGUUCAGGAGCUUUCUUCUGACCUUUUGUUCAGUAGCAGAUUGGCGUUCCUACGACAGUUUGGUUCGACAGGGAAAGAGAAUUCUUUUAUCAAGAUGGUAAAGAUUGUAACAAAACCAGAGAGAAGCUACUUUGUUUAUUUUUUAUUUUUGCCAACAAUACUUUAUGCUUGUAACAGCGGGCUAAACGGACCCCCCCCCCAACAAUCUGUAAACGUGAAAAAAAAUCAAGAUUUGUUUCGAGAGGUCUACAUUCCUUGCUGCUCACGUUCUGAAAAAAACAAAAACAA